AUGCAAAAGGAAGAGGGUGAAGUGGACUGCCCUAUCUGUGACAUUAAUGAAGAGAAAUGGUACAUUCUCUUCUCAAGCACCGCCUCCUUCUUCGCUCCAUGUGUCAUCAUGAUCACGGUCUACGUACGAAUCUACCAAAUCGCCAAGAAAUGCGUGAACGCCAAGAAGGGCGAACGCAACCCCGAAGACUUGAAAUGCAACCAGGAGAUCGGAGAGGAUUCGGAAAAGCCGGCAGACGACGAAGAUGAAGACGCUUCCACCACAGAUUCAACAGAUCAGACUCUAUGCUCGCUGAGGAGGGGUUGGCGAAUGGGAAAGGUGGUAGCACAAAAGUCUGAGGAGAGCUCGCCCAAGCCGGAUGGGCGGAGGAGCAGGUGGAAGGGAAGGGAAAACAGGGAGAAAAGGUUCACGUUUGUGUUGGCCGUGGUCAUGGGAGCAUUCGUUCUGUGCUGGUUCCCUUUCUUCUUCACCUACACGCUCAAGGCUCUCUGUGAAUCCUGCUCCGUUUCCAAAACCGUCUUCAAACUAUUCUUUUGGUUCGGUUACUGCAACAGCUCGCUCAAUCCAGUCAUAUACACAGUCUUCAACCAGGACUUCAGGCGCUCCUUCAGGAAGAUUCUUUGUAGACAGAAGCAGAGGGUGUAA